UUCUAUUUCUCCGCGCCUGCGCGUUUCCUCUUGUCAAACUCCGCAAAAUGGCUGCGCUCGUGGGCAUCCGCGCGUGCCUGUCCGCUCUGCAGUUGACCUCCCCCAGUUUACUGCACACUUCCUAUAAACUGUGUGCAGUUCCUCUAAAUCGGAGGAAUUUCGCUGCGGAGGCGAAGAAAGUUUUCUCUCGAGAUAAACCUCAUGUGAACAUCGGUACCAUUGGUCAUGUAGACCACGGCAAGACCACGCUUACAGCCGCCAUCACCAAAGUUCUUGCUGAGGCAGGCGGUGCACGCUAUAAGAAAUACGAGGAUAUUGACAACGCUCCCGAAGAGAAAGCAAGAGGAAUUACUAUUAACGCCUCGCACGUUGAAUACACCACUGCUAACAGGCACUACGCACACACAGACUGCCCUGGACAUGCCGAUUAUGUCAAGAACAUGAUCACAGGAACAGCUCAGCUGGACGGCUGCAUCCUGGUGGUGGCCGCGACGGACGGUCAGAUGCCUCAGACCCGUGAGCACCUCCUGCUGGCGCGGCAGAUCGGUGUGGAGAACGUGGUCGUGUUCGUGAACAAAGCCGAUGCCGUCGAGGACAAGGAGAUGCUUGACCUGGUUGAGCUGGAGAUCAGAGAGCUGCUGACCGAAUUCGGAUACGACGGGGAAAACACACCGGUCGUGAUCGGAUCAGCGCUCUGUGCUUUAGAGAAUAGAGAUCCGGAGCUGGGUAUUGACGCCGUGAUGAAGCUUUUGGAGGUGGUGGAUACGUAUAUUCCUUUACCAAAGAGAGAACUAGAGAAACCAUUCCUACUGCCUAUAGAGGGAGUCUAUUCUAUCCCAGGUCGUGGGACCGUGGUUACAGGCACACUUGAGCGAGGUGUGAUCAAAAAAGGAGACGAGUGUGAAUUCGUUGGACACAGUCGUUCCUUCAAGUCCGUUGUCACUGGUAUUGAGAUGUUCCAUCAGUCGCUGGACCGGGCGGAGGCGGGUGAUAAUCUGGGUGCUUUGGUUCGUGGAUUGAAGAGAGAGGAUGUUAGAAGAGGGAUGGUGAUGAGCAAACCUGCAUCCAUCCAGCCACACCAGAAGGUCAAAGCUCAGGUUUAUGUUCUGAGUAAAGAGGAAGGUGGUCGCCACAAACCGUUCGUCACAAAUUUCAUGCCCGUCAUGUUCUCUCUCACAUGGGACAUGGCCUGUCGAGUUGAGCUUCCUGGGGGCAAGGAGAUGGUAAUGCCGGGAGAGGACACAUCUUUAACCCUGACCCUCAGACAGCCCAUGGUUCUCGAUAAAGGACAAAGGUUCACGCUUCGGGAUGGUAACAGAACCAUCGGCACAGGUCUGGUCACGGACAUCCUCAGCCUUUCGGAGGAGGACAAACACAACUGGGGUUGAACAAAGAUGAGGAGGUUGUAAAGGGAUGGGAAACAUCUACUGGACUAAACUUCUAGAAUUGUUGCAUUUUGGCUUUGUGUAUUAGGGGGAAGAAAAAACAUCUAUUUGCUAAUGGGGUGUAUCUGCCCUGAUUGCUAAUGUUGUUGCAAGCACUUAAAAUGCUGUAUGUACCCAUCGACUUUCUAAAAAUGCUUUUCUGAGAGUACACAAAAAUGUCAGCUGAGAAAUUAUAAUUCAAUAUGUUUGAAUGAUUCCUGUCCAUGUAAAUAUUAAAUUGUUGAAACGAGCUUGACUUUCUGUCUUAAGCAGAUUAUUCACACAUUUGCAAAAGUCUCAGACUGUAACUGGCUUUUCAUUAUGUCCUUUUAUUUACAGACACACAUUUGGUUCUUUGCUGUCUGGUUUCCAGUCAUGAUAUCUGUCUAUAAAAUUAUACAAAUGUGGCUGAUGUAAUAAAAUGUAUUUAAUAGA